UCGUGUCAACGUUUCCAUUCACUGGGGAAGCAUGCCUAUGCCGCCAUCACAUCCCAUGACCGUUCUCGAGUAGUUACCUUCUUGCGUCGACUGGGAGACUUUCGGCAAAUUGCCGACGAGGUCGACACCGCAAGCCGCGGUGCUAUGAGACUGUCGUUGCGUAACACACUGAUUGAUUCUGGUUUAGAUCUAGCCGAGCCCUAUCCACCUGGUAGGGUUUUCUAAUAGUUUGAAUUUUCUUCCGUUUUGAUGAAAUGUUGGCAUUAGACGGCUCUGAGUGAAAAAUCAAACAACGGCAGCGUGGGCCGAAAAAGGUUCCAGGGUCGUAGACGGAACCCCUGAGAGGAUCGGUUGCCGACAACCACAAGUAACUCCAGGCGCCUUGCACGCAUACAACUUUCCGUUCGUCGCACCUUCUCCCGUUCCGAAAAUAGUUCUCGACGCAGGAUGGCCUGAGAUGUUCGCGAACGUCGGCUGCUGGCCGGUUGAACUAUUGGACGAAGCGGUCCCAAUGGACUCUCCUUCUUGCGUUACAUACGGAGGAGAAUAUGGUUAUCUCCCAACUAGAGGCAAGAAAGAACCAAUGCCCUGAAUAAGUUGAAAGUUUCACGUCGCAGCUUCUGAUCGUGUCUGUUUGCUGUCUCGCUUCCUGACUUGCUUGCUGUCCGCGCGGAGUUUUGGCGCAACGGUGGCGGUUUGCCCUACUCACCCGCCGCAUUGCCUUUUGUCCUGAUCUAGAGAGAUGGCCGGGCCACAAACGAGAAGGCGAAAAUAACCUGGUUUGGAUAUCGGUCGACUAAAUCUCCGAGACACACGAGCUUUCUAUAUCAGCCGCCGUCAACGUCUUUUACGGAAAGGGGCAUGCCGCCUUGUACAGCAAUAAGCUCUACUGAGUCUCCAUUCUCUUCCAUGGGCCCCCCCCCUGCCCCUUUUCGAGUACAAAAUGCUGCUGCCUUGAGCAUGGACGGGUACAGAAUGCUGCUGCCUUGAGUGGAGGACGGACAACGAGGUCGCGGGCCAACAAGCGCUCUUGACUCAAACAAAAAGACAGGACAUAUCGACCAAUCAAUCACUACAAGCGGCUGUGUGGCUCACAAUAACCACGGUAGGUUCUAUUAGGUCGCAUCUUGUAACGGUCUCCAAUUUUCGGGAUCAUCAUCUCGAAUAAUAUUGGGGUUUGAAUCAUGGCUUGUAGUUUCACAGGGGGUGAACAUGACUCCGGGCUCGUCCUUGGCCGUCCGUACUCGUCGGCUUUUAGUUAAACAUCAGACUAGAAAAACCCCCCAAUAGUUCAGAUACCUAUGUUCUCCCAGAGAUUGGGACGGACCUUUAAAUCGGUAGUAGGAGGGAAAAACUGUGUUUGUACAUGUCCAACGUUCAUGCACAGCGGACCGGAGGCGCCGCGACGAAUAGAUUCUCCAGCCCAGCCCUGUUAAGCCAACGGCAGCCCACUCCCUUCUCGGUAUCCCGCCGGAAUCUCUUAAACUGGUGCCUAGAUUCGGGGUCCCACGACGAUUUCGCGGCAAAAGUCUACUUGUACGAGCCACAGUUUCCCCUCCACAACCGCGCCUCCACAGUCCCACUGCGGUAUACGUGCGCUCAUAUGAUGGGUUUUUCUCUUACAUGAACGAUAGGUGCCGAGUGUUGUCGGUUGUAAGAGGUUUCAGAAUUUCAUUAGGGGCCGUGCCGACCAAGUGUCGAAGUCGUUCAGACUAGGCAAGUCGAUGUCAUGGUAAUAGGCGCAUACGAGAGAGCCCUGAUGCAUGAGAAGGGUGGCCUCUGCGGCUGGAGGCGUUUAGCAGGCUCUACAUUGGGCAGGUCUGCAAGUGCGUCAAGCAUGAUGCCCCCGCGCCUCUGUCGGUCCAAUUUAGCAAAGCGAGGCCGGAGAUCGUGACAAGAGUGGCCGAGUCAGGGGACUGAGCCGGUCUGUUGGGAAGUACGGCCUGGGAGUAGCUUGCAACGAUGUGGGAUGGGCGCAUUACUCUUUGGGUGUCAAGUGAUGUGGUACUAUUGUGGCCCGUGAAAUGUUUUUGUAACCGUGGACAAUGCAAUUGGUAUAUUAGUUCUGCAACUGGCUUGUUGUUCAGAGAGCACGUAUCUGUCGUGUUAUUGUACCGCAGUUGUUUGUUGCUUCUGAGCCUUUGUCCCCCCUUUUCCCGUGUUACCUUCUCCUUGGGCACAAACGAGUCCUUUUCUUUCUUUUGCAAACCAUUUUACUUUGUUCCGCUCUCAAGAUACCCUAUUGGUUCUACUGUCAUUGCGCUCUUGUUUGCUGGUUUGGAUAAAGCCCCUCGCAUCAUCGAAUAUUGCACUUUGCAUCUUCUGUUGUCCAACGAUACCCGACAUCUAGCCCCCUCUGACCGACCCUCUCGCUCCUGAAACGAUUCAACAAGCCCCAGAAAGAAGACAUACUGCUUUAUAUCCUGGCCUAUUCAUCACUACAUCAUUCUGUCGGCUCACCAACCGGCAAGCAACCUUCAUGAUGAUUGCCCUCCCUGGCAAAGUCAUACUCAGGAUCUCUGCAGUCGUGGCAGUGAGUCUGAUGGUAGCCUUGGUCGUCCACCAACUAAGCUACACAAACGACUUCACCCUCCCGAACCAGUCGAUCGAUGCCAUCAACUUCUGCGAUGACUCAAAACGAAAGUGGGGGGACCUCGGCGAGCCGAUCCAAUCCUCGAUACCGCAAGAACCGAUACCCAAGAUCGUACAUCAGAUCUGGAAGAAUUCCGACGUCAGUACAUAUCCGGUGCAAGCCUCCCGUGAGACGUGGGAGAAAACCUUGACGCCCCUCAACUACACCGUCAAGCUGUGGACCGACGACGACGUCCUCAAACUCAUCAAGGCCAACUAUACCUGGCUACUGUCAACAUACGAAGGGUACUCCCAGAACAUUCAACGAGCGGACGUGGCGAGACUGAUCGUGGUCCACGCCGAGGGGGGCAUAUACGCAGACCUCGACGUGUUUCCGCGGUCGACGAAAGAGAUGGCAUGUCUCCAAGGUCUCGGCCUCCAGGCCAUCUUUGCUGCGACCUCCGGGAAUCUCGGUGUGAGCAACCACUUCUUCAUGGGGCAACGGCAGUCGCCCUUCCUCGAAUGGGCUCUGCAAGAAGCCAAACGCCGCGGCGGCCCGACCUCGAAACGGAUCCUGCUCCCAUACCUCCGAGUCUUCUGGUCCACGGGGCCGAUCAUGGUGACGCACGCCUUCCGGCACUACGCGUGGAUGUACAGCACGGCACACAGCGGCCUGGCACUGCUGGACGAGGGAUACGCGAGGAAGGUGUUUGGCCACGCGGCCGGGCGGUCGUGGCACGGAUCGGAUGGACAGUUCUUGAACUACGUCUCGGAUCAUCUAGGAGUCUUGUUGUUCUGGGCUGCCGUGACUCUGACUGUUGCGGCGUUGAGUGUGAUGCUGUUUAUCAAGCGGUGCCGUGGGAAGUCUAUCGAGUUGAUUUCAGGCUGCGGAUCGAGGCUCAGGAGCAAAGAGAGAUACACCGAGGUUUAAGAUAACUGUUAGAGAACCU